AUGCUACAGUACGACUACAGUAUGAUGACCCCAAUCAUCGAACUACUAUCAUUUGUUGUCGUCAACUGGGACGCUCUAUUCUAUUUUUCUGUGCUAAUUGCAAGUACGGUCAUUUUGUUCUGGUCGGAGCCGGAGCAACCGGAGCAACCGGAUUCUGAAGAUGAAGGUAUUGUAGAUGACGUCGUGGAGAAUUCUGAAGAGAAUGAAGACGUCGUGGUGGAUUCUGCAGAGAAUCAGGAGUCGGAGAGCACGGAGCCGCCUGAGGAGAAAGGAAUACGAAUCCCCGACUGCAAAAUCUGUCUUAUCCCCUUCAGUACCUCGGCCUACUCAACACCACGCGCCCUUCAAUGUGGCCACAGUAUCUGCACAAACUGUGCCGUGACUCUUCUCGAAGACAGCGAUUAUUUAUCGAUUGAAUGCCCGUUUUGUAGAAAAUUCACGCGGGGUUAUAAGAAGAAAAUUGAGAGUAUCAAGACGAACUAUGCGGUAAUGGGCAUUAUUGAGAAGCUGACCGGAGGUGGAAGAUUCAACCCAAAAUGCUUCCGUUGCCACUCUGGCUACAGUAACCAACUCACAGAGUGCACUCCUCGAGUCCAGAUGGACUGUGGACAUACUCUGUGCGAGAUAUGUAUCAGAACUUGGUCGUCGAGAUCACUCCGUUGUCCAGAAUGUUUUUUAACCGGUCUCGGUGGUCGGGUUACUGUAUGGCAAAGUGCGAAACGAAGGGUCUGCAGAAUGUUUCGAAAAAAUCGAAUCGCGGAGGAUUUCGAGAAGAAAUUUCCAAAGAAUUUUGUGAUUUUGGAGAUGUUGGAGUCCUUUCCCUGCGACAGUACCUGCGAUAGUACCGCUGAGGUGUAA